AGGUAUGACAGGAAUUCUCUUUAACACUUAGCCUUAAACUGAGUUCCCCUCUAGCCCCGAGCCAGGAGCAGCUCUGAGUACCAGGAGAGGCACAGAGCACUCGAGCUAUUUCAGCCACAUGAAAAGCAUCAGAAUUGAGAUCGCAGCUCAGAGGACACCGGGCAUCCCUUCUACCCUCCAAGGCGCUUUUGUAUUCUUGCACCUGGCUGCCUAGGACUUUCCUUAGGCAGUAAACAAAUACCUAAAGCAGGGAUAAGACUGCGUGAAUAUGUCAAAACAGCCAGUUUCCAAUGUCAGAGCCAUCCAGGCAAAUAUCAAUAUUCCAAUGGGAGCCUUUCGGCCAGGAGCUGGGCAACCCCCCAGAAGAAAAGAAUGUACUCCUGAAAUGGAGGAGGGUGCUCCUCCUACCUCAGAUGAGGAGAAGAAACCGCUUCCAGGAGCAAAGAAACUUCUGGGACCUGCGGUCAACCUAUCGGAGAUCCAGAAUAUUAAAAGUGAACUGAAAUAUGUCCCCAAAGCUGAACAGUAGUUGAAAGAAAAAGGCUUGAUGUGAAGAAUUAAAGAGGAAGAGAAUUAAUUCAAAUGAAUAUAGUCACUAAAAAUUUUAUAUAUUUGUAUGAAGAUUAUGAACCUCUUGAAUGCCUGAGACUCUAACAGAAAUGGUCUGUCUGUGUAUUUCUCUCUUGCUUUUAGCUGGCUGUAUUUCUCACUUUGAGUUAUCUUUGGUUUUGGCCCUUUGCAGAGCAAAUUAGUCCAUGAAUUUACCACCAGAAGGUGUGGCUUGGAGGAGGGAGAUGAUUUGAUGGAGAGAGAUAUAGCAAUGUGCAUAACAAAGAUUUUGAUGGAAAGUUCUAUAAGUUACUUCCCACAGUAUUUUGGUCAAUAUUUGGAAUGUAUUUUAGUUCUUCACCUUUUAAAUGAUGUCAAUAAACUUUUUAUGAGUUCAAACAAA